AUGGCAGCCAUGAAGCAUGGUACGUUUUAUUCUUGUAUGCUUUGCUUUGUAUGUAAAUUUGUUUAAAUGCCUAUAUCAGUAUAGUUUAUCAGGAAAGAAUUGAUUGAUAAAUCUUUAAACUAUAAUAAAUGUAUAUUCUAUAUAUAUUUAAAAAUAUAUAGAAAGCAGAAUGUAUCUAAAUAAAUUGUAAAUAUAAGUAUAUUUUUUAUUUUAGGUUUUAUGUUAUAUUUUCUUAAAUAUUUUAUCCAAAGUUUAAUUUUGUGACUUAAGAAUUAGUUAAUAUGGUAAAUUUUGUAUAUAUUGGAUAUUUUAUUUUCUAUAUCUCAAUAAUUGUUUUCUUUCUCAACUAUUGUUUUUAUUAUUAUUACUAUUAUUAUUAAUAAGUAUUACUAAAUUAUAUGAUGAUACAUAUAUAUAAAAACAAAAUGUUUUUUUAUGCCUAAAUGCUAAAAUAUAUAUCCAAAUUUUAAUCUUAUGAUCUGAUUUCUCUAAAAGCUUCUUAUUACAAUAACGUUAAAUUUGAAACUUAAGAUUGUUAUAAUGAAAUUUUUAUAUUCCAAUUAAAAUACACAAUAUUUUAAAAAGAUAUUAUUGUAACAAUUUUCAGGCAAGACAAGUCAGGACGACGUAUGUUAUGUUGUCGCUAAAUACGACUAUGGGGCACAAGGUGCUCAGGAACUAGAUUUACGGAAAAAUGAACGAUACUUGCUUCUCGAUGAUUCUAAACACUGGUGGAGAGUACAAAGUGCAAGAGGCCAAGCUGGCUAUGUGCCAAGUAACUAUGUCAAAAAGGAAAAGCCAUCUCUUUUUGACAGUAUUAAAAAGAAAGUCAAGAAAGGUUCUGGUUCAAAAACUCUACCAUCCAGUAAUUCACCAUCCAGAGCUGUAGAAUCUCCUAUUAUGGCUAGACGCUUGCCUGCUGAUCCAAGUGAAGCAAUAGGCACAGCAGUUGUCAAGUACAAUUACCAAGCACAACAAGCAGAUGAACUGUCACUCGUCAAAGGCACUAGAAUCUUAAUAUUAGAAAAAAGUAAUGAUGGUUGGUGGAGAGGUCAAAGUGGUACACAAGCAGGAUGGUUCCCAUCAAAUUAUACUCACGAAGAAGGAGAUGCAGAUGAUACUCUUCAUACAUAUGCAAUGGCGGAAAACGUCCUUGAUAUUGUUGUUGCACUUUAUUCAUUUUCUUCCAAUAAUGAUCAAGAAUUAUCGUUUGAGAAAGGUGAUCGCUUGGAAAUCCUUGACCGUCCACCAGCAGAUCCUGAAUGGUAUAAAGCAAGAAACAGUCAAGGUCAAAUAGGUCUAGUGCCCCGUAAUUAUCUUCAAGAACUGAGUGAAUAUUUGACACAACCAUAUCGCGAAAGAGGAAUGACAAGUAGUGAGAUUAGUACAGGAGACUCUCUUGAAAGAAGGCCAGAUCCUGGUGAUAGACCACAUCUUGUUGGGAAACCUUGGUACUAUGGUAGCAUUUCACGUUCGCAAUGUGACACAUUAUUGAAUCAACAUGGUCAUGACGGUGACUUUUUAAUUAGAGAUAGUGAAACUAACGUGGGAGAUUAUUCAGUAUCCUUGAAGGCUCCAGGACGUAACAAACAUUUUAGGGUACACGUGGAAGGAGCGUUAUAUUGCAUUGGUCAAAGGAAAUUUCAUACAUUAGACCAAUUGGUAGACCAUUAUCAACGAGCGCCUAUUUAUACUAACAAGCAGGGUGAGAAAUUGUAUUUGGUGCGCCCAUUACCAAAAGGCAACCCCAGUAGUAAUGGUUGCUAG